UAAACAGAUUCUUCUACCUUAAAAAGCAUGCAAAUAAUCAAAAUGCCAUUCACAUGGGUGAAGAUGUUCUUAAGAGAUUUGAAAGUCUGCUCUCAAGGAAUGUUUCUAUGUUUAUUGCAACAAGUGUGCCAUCCAAGGCUAAGCAGUCAACUGAUCUCAAAGUCUUGGAGAGCAAAGGAGCACAUAUAAAAAGGAUUAACUUUGGACAGUUGACCCAUGGUGUUCUGCACACGAAAUUCUGGAUUGUGGACAGGAAGCACAUUUUUCUUGGCAGCGCCAAUAUAGAUUGGCGGUCACUAACUCAAAUGAAAGAAGUUGGAGUUAUGAUCAGUAAUUGCAGCUGCUUGGCUAACGAUCUCUUGAAAACCUUCAAAACAUAUUGGGAUCUUGGAGAACCAAAUGCCACCAUUCCAUCUCCAUGGCCAAACAAUUAUUCUACCAAUAUUAAUAGGAACAGUCCUUUAGAAAUGCAGGUCAAUGGAACCUUGACUAAAGCAUAUUUUUCUGCUUCACCUUCUUCAUUUUGCCCAGAUGGUCGCACCUUUGAUCUUGUAGCCAUUCUUGAUGUUAUCUAUGAUGCAGAAAAAUUUAUAUAUGUCUCUAUUAUGGAAUAUUUUCCUAUCAGCCGCUUCAGUCACCCAUCAAGAUACUGGCCACCCAUUGACAAUGCUCUGAGAAGUGUGGCACUCAGUCGUAAUAUACAGAUACGGCUGUUGAUCAACUGCUGGAUCGAUACUGAUUCUUCUAUGUUCCAUUAUUUGAAGUCACUAAGUGUCCUUAGUGAUCCUCACAUCAACAUUACUAUAGAUGUGAAAAUCUUCAUUGUUCCGAUUGGAAAUUACUCAAAUAUACCAUUUGCUCGACUGAAUCACAAGUACAUGGUGACUGAUAAGACAGCCUACAUUGGAACUUCUAACUGGUCUGAAGAAUACUUCACCAUCACUGCAGGUGUAGGACUGAUUGCAAAACAGUCAACAGAUUCUCCAAAGAGAAAUCUAAUAAUACAGGAGCAACUGAAGUCUCUCUUUGAGCGAGACUGGAAUUCUAAAUACUCCAUAAAUAUGGAAGAUCUUCCCGGGCAGAAGGGCUGUGCUUGGAAAGAUGGAAUUUAAACUGUAAAAUAACUUGACAUUAUUUCUGAUGGAAAUUUACUCAUAAACUUGCUGUGUGUUGAAUUUAAAUUAAUGCCUGUUAGAAAGUGCUUUAUUUCAUGGAAUCUUAGAGUUUCAUCAUAUGAGGGUUAUGAUGCCUUUCAAGUUACUUUUUGCCACCCACAUCAUACAUUGUGUAUUAGGCGCUGUUUUAAAGGAGCAUGUAUGAAUUGGCAGCCACCAUGUAUAAGGGACACAGCUUAAUA